AUACUCUUUUCUUCUCAUUGUACCUUUAGAAUGCAAUUGAAAUCGCUAGCAUUGUCAGCUGCCUUGACUCAAUUUGUUACUUCAAUAACAGCCGAUGCUUCAGCUUAUUGGCAAAGCUUUCAAUCAAAAAUUGAUCCCACCAACAUAACUGUUCCUGUCCUACCACAAACAACCAGCAUCGAUCCUACUACAGAAUGUAAAUAUUUCUUACCUGAUCCAAACUUAUUUGCUAUCAACGCUACUGAAUGGCCUAGUAUUUGGCAAGUGGCGACCACGAAUGGUAUGAACGAAACUGAGGAAUUCAAAAACCUAUACAACUCGAUCGACUGGUCCAAAUGCCCUUCUGCUCCGGUUCGUACACUAAAUUCUGACGGUGGUAUUGAUACGACCCAAUACGACCCCUCUGACCCCGAUUGCUGGUGGUCAGCAACUACUUGCACAACUCCCAAGCAUGCAGGCAUCAAUCCUGAUAUUCGCAAUUGCCCUGAACCUGAAACAUGGGGUCUAACUUAUGACGAUGGACCUAAUUGUUCUCACAAUGCAUUCUACGACUAUCUUGAACAACAAAAGUUGAAGGCUUCUAUGUUCUACAUCGGUUCUAAUGUGCUUGAUUGGCCCUACGGUGCUAUGCGUGGCGUCAAGGACGGUCAUCACAUCGCUUCUCACACUUGGUCCCAUCCUCUCAUGACGACUAAGACCAAUCAAGAAGUGCUUGCUGAACUCUAUUAUACACAAAAGGCCAUCAAGUUAGCUACCGGUCUCACACCCCGUUACUGGCGUCCUCCUUAUGGUGAUCUUGAUGACCGCGUACGUUGGAUUGCUAGUCAACUUGGUUUAACUGCUGUUAUCUGGAAUCUUGAUACUAACGACUGGUCUGCUGGUGAAACUGUUACUAUUGAUACAGUUGAAAAGACUUACCAGAAUUACAUUGAAAUGGGUAAGAACGGUUCCUUUGCCAAUAGCGGUAAUAUUGUUUUGACACAUGAAAUCAACAACACUACGAUGCAAAUGGCUAUUGAUAACUUACCUGCUAUCCGAUCUGCUUACAAGCAAGUGAUUGAUGUUGCCACUUGCUACAAUAUCUCUUAUCCUUAUUUCGAAAACCUUCAAUGGACACAUACUUUGAAUGCUACCACCAACGCCACCAACGCUUAAUUAUAUGGGCUUACAAAUAGUACCUUCUUCGGUUGAACCCUUAUUCAUUGUUACCGUUGGUCUGUCCUUCAAUACACUUUAUUUAAUGCUUACGCCAUAUAGUCUGUGUUUCAUUUGCAUUUUUUCUGUAAAAUAUCUAUUUAAAUGUACCUCGGGCUGUUAUCCUGUUAUUGUAACUUCGUGAGGUCAUACUUUGAAAUAAAAUUCGAGAAUUUACCAUAGAA